AUGAAUGAGCCACCGUUCACUUUACGAAUCCAUGUUGAGGGACAACAGGACAUGGACUGGAUGGUGCAACCCGAAGAUGUCACUUUUCAACGUACAUUGGAAGUUAUUUCUCAACUGUUGCCCCAUUCUACUAUCACAGCUUUUGAAUAUGAAGAUGAAGAUAAUGAUAGAGUAACUGUACGAGGGGAUGAUGAAAUGAGAAAUAUGUUUGCUGAUUAUUUUACAGAAUUAAGUGAAGAAGAUCGAGCACGUGGAAUGUUUCCUCCUCUUAUUAUUUAUCCUAAAUUAGGAAAAUCAUCUCAGGUUCGAAAUUUACUGGGGCUGAAGAUAAAAACUUCUAAAUCUGAUUCUGGGAAUGAACAGGAAAUGUCUACAGCUCCACCUGAUUCUAAGCUGGAUAGUUCCAGUGAUAGUAAUAAAAGUAUUCACCAGAUUUUGGCCUGUGGUUCCAUGAAGGAAGAAGAUUUACAGUAUGUCCAGGUUUUAGGAUCUGGUAAUGGUGGACAAGUUUAUAAAACAAUCCACAAGUCGACCAAAUCUUUGAUGGCUUUAAAGGUUAUACAACUAGAUUUAACUCCUUUAGUUCAAAAACAGAUUUUAUCAGAAAUGGAAAUAUUACAUAAGUGCAAUUCAGUGUCUAUAAUAGCUUUCUAUGGUGCUUUUUUCAAUGAAAAUAAAAUUUCUAUUUGUACAGAGUAUAUGGAUGGAGGAUCUUUGGAUAGAUAUAUUCCAGUUCCUGAAAAUGUGCUGGGUGCCAUGUCUGCCCAUAUAAUAAAUGGUUUAGUCUAUAUGUGGAACCUGAAAAUACUGCAUAGAGAUAUCAAACCCUCCAAUAUUCUAGUGAACUCUACUGGUCAAGUCAAAUUAUGUGAUUUUGGAGUCAGCACACAGCUAGUGAAAUCGAUAGCUACCUCGUUUGUUGGAACCAAUGUUUAUAUGGCCCCAGAAAGAAUUCAGGGUGAAGAAUAUAAUAUUUUAGCUGAAGUUUGGAGUCUGGGGGUCACGCUGUUCGAGAUUUCUACAGGAAAGUUACCAUUUUCAUCAUUAACAGCUAAUAUGACUCCAUUUGAGUUGAUGGAUUGUAUUAUAAUGCAGAAUCCCCAGAGUUUACCAUCUGACAAAUUUUCACCUGAUUUUGUCCAUUUUGUUAAUUUAUGUCUACAGAAGAAUCUACGUCAGAGGAUUUCUGUGGAUAGAUUAUUGACUCACCCAUUUGUGAAGAGAAAUGAAGAUGGGAAUUCUCAGUUAGUGGCGGAAUACGUGAAACAGACAUUAUCUCAGCGAGCGGUCAAAUCGUAG